AUGGCGCCGCUGUCGCCGUCCGCGGAGAAGGCGAAGCUUUCGCGCAUUCUCAACCCCGUGACGUAUCGCAAGGACGAUGACGGGAAAGAGGUCGUCUCCAUCGAGCUCGCGCGCAACCGCGCGAAGAGGCUGCGGCUGUACCAGUUCGACGCGGACGAGCGCGGCGUGUACAUCCCGUCGAGCAAGCGCCCGUUCUCGCUCCUCGCCCCGCACGAGCUCCUCGGCGAGCAGUCCCAAGGCCUCGGGCUGUACUUCGACACGUUCGCGCACUUCGCCGUUCUGAUGCUCGUGCUCUUCGUCGUCGUCGGCUGCUACGUCAUGGCGGACGCGCGCGAGCACAACGCGAUGUCCACCAACUUCAACGUCAGAGAGAUCACCUCGGCGGGCGCCGUCACCGAGGUGGCGUGCGAGCGCGUGCAGACGCCGUCGGACAUCCUGAAGACGUCGCACGGAUCGCGGUGCAACGACUGGAAGCUCGCGUCGUAUUACAACUGCCCGACCGACUGCGAAAUCACCGUGACGACCGCCGCGUCGUCCUCCGCAUCCGACCUGUGCGGGACGUACCUUCCGUGCACGCUGAGCGGCCUGAGCGCGGAGCAGGCGGGCAGGUGCUGCGCGGAGACGCUGCAGUCGAGCUUGAGGUUGGAUUCGAACGCGACGCCGACGGCGGUGUACGCGAUGCAGAUCGUCACGACGUUCAUAAUGAUCGUGUGGCAGUCGUUCUUUCAUCACCGGCAGCUCGUCAAGGCGAGGAAGGUGAACAAGCGCGCGCUCACGGUGGGGGACUACGCGGUGUACGUGCGCGGGUUGGGGCGGAACACGUACACGCGCGAGCAGGUGGCCGCGUUUUUCGCGCACUACGGCGAAGUCGCGAGCGUGUCGAUGACGACGACUCUGGGCAAAGUGUUACACAGCGAGAUGGUGUUAGCGAAGCAGCAGAGGCAUUUGCGCGAGAUCGAGGAGUGGAAGGCGUCGAGGAUGUCCGCGAAGUGGUCACACUUUUACGACAUUCGUUUGAUGAUGUUCAAGCUCACGCAGCUCGGCAGAGUGGACCCGAUGCGAGAGGAGGGCGUGGCGCGGUUGCGGGAAAAGAUUGAAGCGCGAGAGGCGGCUGUCUUCGAAGAGUUGGAGGACCCGGAAGCCUUUGCAAACUUGGGCGAGGCGUUCGUGACGUUCAACUACGAAGAACACGCGAACAACUGCCUCGACGACCACCACACGGAGGAGUUUUACGAGCUCGCGUCGAACUGCUUCGCGCGACGGGAGCGGCCGACGUUUGAGGGAAAAAAAAUCGGAGUGUAUCCGCCUCCGGAGCCGAGCGACGUCUAUUGGGAAAAUUUCGCGGGCAUGCGCGGAGGCGAGCGCAACGAGCGCGCGCUCUACGGCAACGCGACCAUCCUCCUCUCGCUCGGGGUCGCCUCUCUCAUCCAAUGGAUCAUGGAGACGCUGAGGCAGAAUUACCGGGUGGUCGCGUACGACAGGUACACGAUCGACAGGUUGGCCAACGGCGGCGACACGGACUGGACGCUUCAAAUCAGGCUGCGCGUCCUCUCCGCGCUCGCCUCGCUCGUGAUCAUCCUCAUGAACCUUCUGCUGACGCUCAUCGUGAAAGGCAUCGCGAAGUUCCGCAGAUUUCACACGCGAACGGACCGCGAGUGCUACUUGAUGUCGCGCCUGACCGUGAUCCACAUGGUGAACUGCCUCGUGAUUCCGAUUUUAAACUCUUCGUGCCCGCGGACGGACGACAGGCACGGCCGGUGCCUGUGGUACGCCCCCGGCGGCUUAGUCGAAGGCGCGUUCUGGCUCCAGUUCUUCAACGCGUUCGUCCCAGACCUCAUCUACGCGAUGGACAUCGGCGGACUCGUGAAGAAGCAGAUGGCGAAGCUCGCCAGGACGCAAGCCACCCUCGACGAGCUCAUCGUCCCGAGGUCGUUUUCGUUCGGCGAGAAGUACGCGGCGCUGUGCAAGACGAUCGCGCUCGCGCUCUUCUACGGGCCCGUUCUGCCGCUGUCGUACGUCCUCGCCGUGAGCGGGUUGUUCGUGUCGUACUGGGCGGACAAGUACUGGGUCUUGAGGGACCACAAGCGACCGGCGAAGCUGCGCAACGAGACGACGACGCAGCUCGUUCGCAUCCUCGCGGCGAUCAACCUGGCGCAGGUUCUCUUGAUGGGUUUAGGGUGGUACUACCACGGCGACGACGAUAACUUGUGGAUCUACGCCGUGACGAUGUGGGCGGCGUUUCAGAUCUUCCCAAUCAAGCGUCUGUUGGGGAUUCGAAGAGACGAAACUUUGGAGGACGGCGGGACGGAUCACACGUCGUAUUGGUUCAACAUGGGGCGGCGGGACGCGCACGGGAAGGAGAUGUCGGACUCGGGGACCAUGCGCGCGCCGGAGCACGUGCACGACGAGGCGGACGAAGAAGACGAGGCUCAGCUCGUGAAGGCGCCGAGCCUGAAGAAGAAGUGGGAGAGCUUGAGCCUCGACGUGGAGCUGCGUCUUCUCGGGGUCUCCAAGAACGAGCUCGACAGAGGCCGUCUGAAGAUGUACUGGCCCUACGUCCCGGUGAACGCGAGCAAAGCCACCGUGGACCGUCUCGUGGACAAGUACCACCUCUUCGACGAGAUAUAUCCCGCGAACCCGGAGCUCAUGGUGAACCAGAAGCUCGACACCGGCGGUCCGGAGUGGACGGCGCCGCCGGCGGUGCAGUUGCAGCUCAAACGGUCGUCGAAAAUCCUGAGGAACACGCCGUCGCGGAUCAAACGCGCGGCGGCGGCGUCCUCCACGCCGACGGCGAGCUCGCCGAGGGCGUGACGUCCGCGUCGAGCGACUUAUUACUUUAGUUAAGUUUACUUUUACA